CGGCGAGAGACCCCAUCAAGACUUCCCACUGGAGAGCUGUCGAUCCAGGCCAUGAGGGUUGGGUAUAUAUUCAAGAUAGCUCGAAGAAAAACGGGACUCCGGUGGGGUAGACAUGGGAAAAGGCGGGCGAGCCAGAAUGGGAUACUCGACCACCCAACACGUGGGUUCCCCGACGAUGAUCGAGACCAAGCUGCAAGGGGCUAGGACACACGAGAACCCUGCCCGGAAUGUCCAGGGUGCAGGGACAAGGAACACUGCUGGUGUAAGGGGAGGAAGAGAGGUCUGGGUUCAGAAAGAGCCAGGGCAGGGGCGGGCAGACAGCGGGGGUAUCUGGGGCAGUCUGGGGCUGGCGGCUGAGCAAUAUCUCCAGCACGGCUCAGACCCCGCCCUGCACUCUGAUACCUGGCCUCAGCAGACUCAGCUGAAUACUGUUCUGGUCCAAACUGGGGGUAUCCGCAAGGGCGAAGGACAAGAACAAUGGACGCAAAAGCCUGACUCACUAGAGACCUUACAAAAAACAGGAGAAGGGACCCAGCAGCACACGAAACUCCCGUACAAUGACAGACAGAUCCAGACUGGGCAAGCAGCAGGCCAACUUCAGCAGAAACAAAUAAACACUCAGAACAGCGACAUGACACAACAUAGCGAAUAUACAGACAAAAAUAACCAGUCUGGUCAAGUGGCAGGCCAAGUAAUGCAGAAAACAGAAAACACCCAGAAUGGCUGCACGGCGCCACACAGAGAUUCUGCAGAGGGGAAUGCCCAGACGACGGACCAGAUAGGUAUUCAGCUGGAGACAGCAGACACAUUCCGUGACCGCUUUCGGCCAGAACCAGUGGAUGUGGAAUCCCUCUCGAGCACAACCUCCCCCUGGAGGAAUAGAGACAACGGAGGCAGAGGAGGGUAUCCCACUGCAGCACUUGUCGGUGAACAAGAAGCUGGUCGCAGUCGGAGACUAGCGAGGUAUGGGCCAUUGACGGAGGGAUUGGAGUCCAAAGUGCUGGACAAGAAGCUGUUUACAGUUGCGGACUGGCUUAAAGUGAGGUAUGGACUAUUGACGGAGGGAUUCUGGGACUCGACGUACGUGUUCUCACCGCGGGAUAUCUUGAAAAGGGCAGUGGAGCAGGGGCUGCAGGCAGGAGUGAGAUGGACCGAGGUGUGGCAGAAGCUCAUGGUCAUUGUGUAGUCCCGGUUUCAGGCACCCCUGGAAACUGCCCCUCAAGCAGACGAAAACGGGGGGAUGGCCAGUGCUCUAAGUUGAGAUGCAAAUGCAGCCCCCUCUGGAAACCCCCCCUCGAGCAGACGAAAACAUGUCGAUAUGACUGUGCCGACACUGGGGGAAGGAAACAAAAGCGGUUCCACAACCCUCAGCCGCUCGACCCACCCCCUACCGACCAGGAAAAUGAUGCCCCAUUGGACCUAGUAAAGAGGUGAAGACUCC